CAGAACUUGGCGCGCAAGGCUCAUGGCCAAAACAAAUGGGGAUGGGAGGAUUUGCGCGUCGGAUAACGUGUGCCUUCUUUGAGUUUGUGUUGUUUUCAUUAAACUUAAACAUUGCCUUUCUAUGAUGCUUUUAUUCAGAGGAGUUAAGCUUGCACUGUGAUGGAUCCCGGCGCCGACGAGCGCUCCGCGUUCCCCAGCUUCGAGCUGGUGGAGCGGCUGGACAGUCCCAGCUCCAACGAGCGCAACACCAACACGCUCUGCUCCAGCUCCGAGAGUGACGUCAUGAAGACGCCGUCGGCGGGCGGUGACACGCCCAGUGCCGGCGGCGACUCGCCGGCCGGCUUCUGCCCGACACCGGGCACCCCGGCGGCCGAGAGCCGCGCGCCGCUGCCGCCGCCCGGACCGGGCGUCUCGCCGCCGUCCGCAGCGGCUGGCUCACCGCCUGCCGCCGUCACCGCCUCCCCGCCGGCGAUGGUGACGGCGUCCCCGUCCGCCGCCACUGCCGCCGCCGUCCCGCCGGUGGUCGCCGCCGGCCUCGGCUCGCCGCCGCUGGGAGCGCCGUCUCCGCCCGCUCCGGGGGUCCUGCCGCCGCGGGUCCUCGAGGAUCAAGACGCCAUCGCCGCGUCACCGCACCGCGCGCCCGCCUGCGACUGCCUCAUGUGUGACGCCACCUUCCACCCGCGGCUGGGCGAGGGCCUGCGCCGGCGCAGCGGCAGCGGGCGCGGCGCUCGCACCACCUACCACAGCCAAAUCUCGCCAGACGCCGGCUCCAUCAAGCUCAAGAUCCGGGUACAGACGCUGGACCCUGCCGAUGACGUGUCGCCCGGAUCGCGGCGCCGCCGGCGGACCGACUCGGGCGGCGCGCCGCGCGGCAAGCGGCGGCGACGCUGGCGGCGGUCGCGGCUCAGCGACGACGAGGACGAAGAAGAUCUGGCGGCGGCGCCGGUGCGACGUCGCCGCUCCAAGUCGUCCUCGCUGGCCGCGGAGGAGGAGGAAGACCCGGACCGACCGCAGGGGCCCUGGGCCGACGGCGUGCCGCCCGAGCUGCUGGAGCGCAUCUUCGGUGAGGUGGUGCGCGCGACCGGUGCGGUGCCGGCGCUGGUGCGCCUGUCGCGCGUGUGUCGCUCGUGGCGCAGGGUGGCGCUGCUGCCUGAGCUGUGGCGCACAGUGGACCUGGCCACCGGUCUGAUCCGGGAUAAGAUGCGACACGAGCGGCUGCUCAUCUGGCUGGCCGAGAACCGGCUGUCGAAGACAGAGGAACUCAGUCUCGCGGGCUGGUCGUCAGCGCUCAGCCCCCGCUCUGUGCCAGUACUGGUGAGCCGAGCGCCCCAGCUGCGCUCGCUCUGCCUCUCGGGCUGCCGCAGCCUCACCGGCGAGGAGGUGGUACAGCUGGCCGGGCUCCAGCACCUCUCGUCGCUCGACCUGUCCGACCUGCAGGCGAACACGACCUCCGCGCGCGCCGCGGUCGGUCCGCACCCGCUCCAGCAGCUCAGCUCUCUGCUCGGGCCGCGACUGGUCAGCCUGACGCUGUCGCACAACUUUGUAGCCGGCAUGCAACAGAUUCUGGCGGCGCUAGCGGAGCACUGCCCAAACCUGGAGGUCCUGGACCUGUCGAACAUCACUAACGCCAUCCGCGACAUCGUGCCCGUGCGCGUGGAGCGGCUGCAAGAGGGCUGUCCGCGACUGCGCGUGCUGCGCUGGACCAACACCGAGCUGCGGCUGGCUGACACGCCCCUCAAGGAACAGAUGUCCUCGCAGGGUUUUCCGGCGCUGGAGGAGCUCAGUGUGGCCGUGCCGCGCGACCGGCACUGGGGUCUGGACGACGCCGGCGUGGAGCGCCUGCUCAAGGCGUCCAACCAGCUGCGGCUGCUGGACGUGCGCGGCUGCCAGCGGCUCUCCGACUCCAGUCUGGUGCGGGUGCCCGCCUGGAACCUGCAGCACCUGUUUCUGUCCGGCUGUGACGCCACCCGCUCCUCCGCCGACCGACUGGAGCUGGUGGUGCGCAAGUGGCGGCACAGUCUGCUGGAGCUCGACCUGAGCGGCGCGGCCAACCAGCAGGCGCUGGACGCGGCGCUGCUGGCGCUGGCCGAGCGGCCCGACCCCGGACAGCCGCCGACGCCGCUGCGCAAACUGGACCUGUGCGGCGCGGCCGGCACGUUCGGGCCCGUCUGCCGGCUGGUGGCCGCCUGUGCCGAGCUGCGAGAGCUGAACCUCACCUCGUGCCGGGCGCUGCCGCGCGGUGUGAAGCGCGUCUACCGCGGCCCGGAGCUGGAGGCGCUGCGACGCGACAUCGCUGCCGGCAAGUUCAACGAACAGGCGAGCGAGGAGGCUGGCUAACUGCGCCUGUGGACGCGCAGUGAGUCUGACUGCCGCCGGUGCCGGUCGCCGUGACCCGGCGCCGUGCACCGUCCUACUGCCAGUGGCUCGGCGGCGCGCUGGGCGGCUCCCCGCGGCCGCUGCGCCUUCCGCGGCGAGGCCAGUCGAGCGGCGUCCCGUGGCGGACUGGCUCGGGACGGGCUGACACUCCGGCCUGCACACUCGAGCUAGGCUCUAACUGCGACCUAGCCGCGUGUGUGCCGCAUAUGAGCCGCACAUGAGCUGCGUUUGAGCCGUGUUUGAGCUGCGUAUGAGUCGUGUUUGAGCUGUGUUCGAGCUGAGUUCGAGCUGUGCAUGAUUGACAUGUUGACCUGCCUGCCCGGCGUGUUCUCUAUGAGUGAGGACACCCAGCCUGCCUAAAUGGGACGAUAUAGUUGGCCAGCCGGAGUGUUGUUAUAUUAUUAUUGUCCGUGGACAUGUGUAUUGUGUAUAUAUGUCGGCAAUGUGUUUGUACCGGCCUCUUGUGCGCUUGUGACAGCUGUGUGUAGCUUACAGUAUGUGACCGCCCGGGGAUACGGACUAUCACAUGACUUGCGCUGCAGCUAUCCCCUUCAUUUGCCUGUGUUCCCACAUUUCUGCUCAGACAUAAAUCACGACACUUUUUUACUUUUAUACGUUUUACUUAAUUCGGUUUGUUGUGUUUUUAAAUUAUUUACCCAAAGGGUCUAUAAGGUCUAAAUCGAUCCGUACCUAUUGAGGUUGAAAGCUCAGGUUUGAGAAUGCACCCACUGAUGUCGUUUUGUAUCUACUGCGUUAUCUGCUUCCUGCGUUGAGGGUAAUUCACAGUAUGGUUCGGCUCUGCCGCACAAGUCCGCUUCGCAACCGGCUGGGUUGUGCCUGCGCCUCGAUGAGCUCUAGUUGCUGUGCGGCUUCAUCAUUGGAUUUUGUCGUGACGUUGACCUGCUAGUGUUGUAGUGAUGAUCAUUUAAUCAGUUGAUCAAAUGAUCAGUUGAUUAGACUGCUAUAUUAACAUCUGAGAUGAGCUACGGACAGUCCGAUAAUUGAGGGGGAUUGUGUUUGCAAUAGGUGAUGUGUCUCGUGAUUGUGGCUUAAUCGAAAAUGACAUCUAUUUCCAUGAUUUCGUAGUUGUGCUAGCGUUUUAUCAUGCAAGUAGGAGGCCAAAUGCUUUCUCGCGGAAAUCCUGUGGAGUGUAAUCGCUUGUCUGUAUGCAUUUUGUUUUGCAUGGACGAAGCCAAAUCAUCUUUCUACUUUCGCCCUGCCGCUUGUUUUAGUGCUUCUUUUAUAUGGAUGCAAUUUGUCACCGGUUCAUUUGGUGCUCAAUGUCUGUGUUCUGGCGGUAAAUUCUGUUGUUGGCUGUAGUCUGACGGGGUAUGUCGCGGGUGAGCUGGGCGGGUGCUCGCCCUGGCAGGUCGACACCGCCCGCUGCAGAGGCGGCCGGCGCGAGCUGCUGUACAAAGCGUGUGUACAAAUGUGAAUAACCGUGUCUCGUGUUGAGGACCAUUGCGUUCCAAACGUGGCUCCUGAAUACGCGCGCGGUUGGAGGACGGGGUCGUUACUAACUGGCAGACAGCCUGGCCGCUAGCACGAUAUUAAUAUGUCUGUUUAAACGCGCGAAUAUAUCUCGGAAUCUG